GCCCCACCCACUAUUUGGUGGUAAGCUAGCCGCCAGCAGCAAAGCUGCAUGCAGCUAGCUAGCUGUGCAUGAGCAGGAGACUUCCCGCGUUCCUUCUGGCCGCGUUGCCAAGCACUCACCGGUGAAACGGUCAACAUGUCGAUCUACAGCUCCAGCAGAAAGAUGCGCAAGCACGCGCGAUCUCAACCAGGUCACCUCAGGCUCUCGGCGUGCGAGGAGUCGAGCGCCCUGGUCGUGAACAUAUACGAGGCUAGAGGACUGAUGAGGAGAGACACGGCCGCCCUCGACGUCUACAUCAAGCUCUACCUCCUCCCUGACGCCAACAAAUCGACAAAGAAAAAAACCAAGACGGUCAGGGCCCAGGAUCCCGUCUUCAAUCAGAAAUUCACUUUUUUGCUGACAGAAGCUGAUACCGAGAAGAGGUUGUUUAUAUCUGCCUGGACGCCACACCUUACGUCGAGGAAUGUCAUGAUUGGCUGUAUGUCGUUCACCGUGGCGUCUCUCGUCGGGCCGGAGCAGGGUCUGAAUGGCUGGUACCAGCUGCUGGACGAGGAGAAGGGGUUGACAGAGAACCAGCCGGUGCCGGUCUCCAUCUCUCAGUCUGCGUCUGGAGUUAGACACCCUGUCAGACCUGGGACCUGUGAGAUCGCUGUGACUGUGUCCCGAGGCAGACAAGGAUUCGGGUUCCAAGUCCGCGGUCACAACCCAGUCUAUGUGUCCAACGUGGAACACGGGUGAGUCGGCUCACGAGGCGGAGGUCCAGGUAGGAGACACCGUUGCCAAGGUCAACGAUACGGACGUCAGAAGAGCCAACGCCGAACUGGUCCAGAGCCUCAUUUCGGAAAGUGGAGAUAAUCUGCAGCUGAUCCUAGUGAGGGAUGCCCCUCUCGUCCCACCGGAUUUGCCACCCUCCUCGGUCGCUGCCGCCCAGGCAUCUUCCCCCCUCAGGGGAACCAGCACUCUCCCCCGUUCUCACCGAUUUCCCUCCCCCUCCCACCACACCCACAGUCACGCCCCCUCGACCCGGCACCACGCCCCUCUCUCCUCCUCCUUCUCGUAUGGAGCUCUAUCGCAGGACCAGCUCCCCCUAAUGGCAGUGCGCUCCUCUCAUCAGUACUCUUCUCUAUCCCACCUCCCUCGAGCAAGACUUGCCACCGGCCCCCAGAGUUAUGGCGGCUGUAGCAGUAUCCUCUCACAGCCUCCAGAGUUUGACCUAGACCCUCAGGACCAGUUUGUUCACGAGGCGGCGUUCAUCCGUCAAUCCUCCCACUCCUUCUUACCUUGCACCCACAUGCGCAGUGUGUAUGAGGAGAGAGAGGAGGAUGAAGAGGAGGGAGAGGGAGAGGAGGAAAGGGAGGGGAGAUGGGCCAGACCUCCCCUCCCACCCACCCAGGGAGGAGGGAGGAGGGGAGGAGGGGAGAGGGGGAGGAGUGUUAGGGGACCUGGGGAGGAGUUGACUCAACCGACCUAUCACAGAGCUCACCAGAAUCCCCAUCCUCACCGCCACCACCCUCCCUAUCCUCCCUCUUCCUCCGCCUAUUUAUUCUCGCAGCCUGGGGACCCGGAGGUUAAAACCACCCAUGCCUACUCGCAGGUAGACCACGCCCCUCACCACACCCACCACCAGAGGAAGAGGGUGGACGUCAUGACGGGGGAACACAGACAGUUCCGAGGCCCCUCCUCUUUCUCCUUCUCACCUACUCACCCCUCAUACCGUCUAGGUGUAUCUAACCGUCACCACGGCAACGUGGAGCUGAUUGGCCACAAACCACUCAGACCCACCCGUAGUCACGGCUACGGAGGCGAGUAUGGGAAUGAGACCGUGCCGCGGGGGCAGAUACCAUACUCCAGAAUUGGAAUGGGAGCUCCGGCAAACGGCUUUUCUCAAUCACCAGCUGACGACAGUCCAGUUGAGUGGGAGAGUUUAUCUUCUACUGAACAAAAGAGGCAGAAGGUGCUGCAGAGUUUGGUUGAGGCCGAGUCCACGUUCCAUUCUCUGCUGCGGAAUGGAAUAGAGACAUACGUGGACCCCCUGGAGUCUGUGGUGUCCAGCACCAUUCACUCCACACUCUUCUACAACCUCAGAGAGCUCUAUGAAGUUUCGACACGAGUGGACCUGCAACUGAAGGAGCGUCAACUGACGUGUGUGGGUGGAGCCACAAAAGAAGCCACGCCCCAUUACAUCACUCACAUAGCGGACAUCUACCAUCGAGAAGUAUAACACGACUUCUUGUUGCAACUCCAUUAUUACCGUUGUUGCACAUUGUAUUGUAGCUAGCAGUGCUAGCGGCUUUGUUGAAAGGGUACCUUGAGAAUCUACACGCAGCUAAACAAGAGCUCUCCAUUGCCUUCACUAAUGAGGCGUUUGCCCACCUCGUCCAGAAGAGUGUGAUCGAGGGGAAAAACAAGUCGAUAUACUCCUUCAUUGAAUCUGGGAAAGACUAUUGCAUGAGAUUGUUCAAGUGCCUCCUGGGAGCCUACCAGUACACCUCUCCAUCCAACAUUGACCAGGCCUACCUCAGCACCACUCUUCGCCAGCUGGCCAGGAUCUGCCCCGAUAAGGAAGCAGUGAAAAGAUGGGAGGAGGGGCUGAAGGUAAUGCAGAGAAUGGAAGUGUGCAUAUCGUUUGCUCCCAAGAUCCCCAGGAUCCCUGUGGUUGUCCCCGGCCGGCUUCUGGUGAGGGAGGGAGAGGCCCAACUCAUCGAGAAGAAGGGAAAAAACAAAGGCAAGCUCUACACAUCCACAUUCACCGAUACCCCCAUGUUUCAUACCGGCAUACACCCAUACUACAAUGGUUCAUACUGGCAUACACCCAUACCCCCAGGUUUCAUACACCCAUACUACAAUAUCUGGCUUCAUACAUCGUUCACUAUGAUUCACGUCAUGCACAAUUCACAAUGCUACUUGUUACAAUCUCUGGCUUCAUGACUAUGCUGCUUGUUUUAAUGCACUGUACUACAUACCGUGACACACGUUCUGCUAUAGUACUACAUGUUUCCAUACACCCGUUCCGCUAUACUACAUACCGUCAUGUUUCCAUACACCCAUACUACAUACCGCCAUGUCUCCAUACUGCCACACCCCCAUUCCCCAGGUAUGGAUCAUCAUGUUCACAGACGUCCUCCUCAUAACCCAGCGAAGGAGGGGCACUGUUCUGAUGUGUCUGGAGCCAGCCAUUCCUCUCGACAAUAUCAGAGUCAAUGACUUCAACUGCUCAGAAGAUACGGAGUUUCAAAUCAUGAAUGUUGAAGGGGUCAGUAAGUUCACUACCACCACUCACUUUACGCUACAGAAAUAGCACCUAGGGACCAUGAUUGGCUGGUUGGCCUUCAGAUCGUUGACUAGCCCCUUCCACUUGUU